ACGAGUCAGGUAGUAAAUCUGGCACAUAGGCCUAAAUAUAAUAUUUGAAUAAUUGAUAGCGUGACCUACAUAUUGAUACAGUAGAAGCACCGGCUGGUCAACACAAGGGCUUUCUCGUCCGACGUAAAUUUGGUGUGUGUACAUGAAACGUUCAUAACCGCCCAGUCCUUUACGUCUCCAAGCCACAGGACUGACAGACAGGUGAUCGACUCGGCUACUUGCUACAUUAUAUUACUAUUAUCAGGGUGCCAUGGCCACGAGGUGGGGAAUUUGCAGCGUGGGGACAAUAAGUCACGACUUUGCCGUCGCCUUGAAGACCUUGCCCCCAGAAGAUCACCAGAUAGCCUCCGUGGCAGCACGCGAUCUUGGGCGAGCACAGGAGUUUGCUAAACUGUUUGACAUUCCUACAGCAUAUGGGUCAUACGAAGACUUAGUUAAAGACCCAAAUAUUGAUGUGGUGUAUAUUGGUUCGAUUCACCCGGAGCAUAAACGACUGUGCAUGUUGGCCCUGAACCACGGCAAGCCGGUUCUGUGUGAGAAGCCCUUUAUGCUUAACUCAAAACAGGCCAAAGAAGUCAUUGAUUUCGCUAAAGAGAAAAAAUUAUUUCUCAUGGAGGCUAUUUGGAGCCGCUUCUUACCGGGCUAUGAGCAGAUAAGAAAAGAAAUAGCGGAGCAGAAUAUCGGCGAAGUUCGAUUCGUUCAAGCUUCGUUUGGACAGACAAUUUCUCACCUGGAGCGCAUCACAAACAAAUCGCUUGGUGGAGGCGCACUCUUGGACAUGGGUAUAUACCCUAUACAGUUAGCCUCUAUGGUUUUCGGCGAAAGACCAACCAAGAUAGUAGCCACUGGUCAUCUUUUCCCAACUGGCGUCGACGAGGUGUGCACAAUCACUCUGCACUAUUCAAAUGGCCGCAUGGCUCAGUUGGCCGCCCACACCAGCGUCCUCUUCCAGAACAGUGCUGUCAUCUAUGGAACCAAAGGGAAAUUAGAGCUUCCAGAAAAAUUCUGGUGUCCAACAAAACUGAUUACCCCUGCCAAAACGUACAGUUUCCCGAUGCCGGAGACAACGUACAAAACCAAUUGUGUUAACAGCACAGGUCUUUGCUACCAAGCGCGAGCAGUUCGAGAGUGCUUGAAAAAAGGAGAGUUGGAAAGUGCUGUAGUGAGUCAUCAUGAAUCUUUGUUGCUAAUGGAAAUAAUGGACGAGUGCCGCAAACAAAUGGGAGUUGUAUACGACAUCGAGUGAAGACUUCUAACACACCGCAACGAUAAAACUUGAUAAACAAAAGGUUUUCAUCAGUGGAUCAUCCUCUGCACUAUACAAAGUGUGACAAUCGCUGUUACCUUUUCGCAAAAUCUGGUACUCAAAGGGACAGUAUAAAACACCGCAUUGUUUUCGACCAAAUGGAAGUUUGACUGGACUUAAAAAAAGCCAAAGUUGCACAUGUUUCGAUUUUCAUUUAUAGCUUUGAUUUGAAAGAGCAAAUGUCAAUGUUCUCGUAAACAUUAUAUACUAAACGGCGACCCCUGCCUGCCCCCUGUCACUUACCAAGCAGCAUGCCAGCGCGUUUCGAUAGUUAUGAAUUUAGGCUGGUCUCCAAUAUACCCAGGUGCACACUGUACUUCCUGAACUCGACAUUUUCCAUUUGCCAAUAAAAAAUGAUCAGAAAGCAAAUUUAUUGAAGUAAAAUUGAAAGUAUUAUUGUCCAUGUCCUGCAGAAGCCACAAAGAGGAAAACAAAACAACAAAACGUAUAAAUUAUUCA